AUGGCACCGCUUAUCGAUCUAGUUAGCGCCCAAUUGGCGGGAUUAGCGAAGCGGGACGGAGUCUGCAGAGACAAUGAGUACUAUCGAUAUGGCAGGUGUUAUAGCGCCUGGUACUGGUAUGGUCGAUGGAUCUUCGCCGCUGUAGUCAUCGCUCUCAUCAUCGCCGUUCUAUUUUAUAUGAUAUGCGUCAACUCCCGUCGUCGUAAGCGUCGCGGUCUCCAGCCUAUGUACGGUACAGGCUGGAUGGCUGGAAAUGGCGGUCCGAACAACAACGCAGCAUAUUACAACAAUCCUCAACCAGGCUACGCCAACCCCCCUCCGGCAUACGGAGCGCCACCCGGCCAAUCCUUCCCGAUGCAAAAUCAAUACACCGGCACUACCUUCUCGCCCAACGACGGUUACUAUGCUCAGAACGAGGGUGUCCAGGCGCCCAAGAACGUCUACAACAACGGACACAAGGACGACUACGCUCCUCCCGAGGGUCCCCCGCCUAAUAGAUAA